AGAUAAAUAUUUUUUUUUAGUGAGAAGAAAGGGAAAAUUUUUGGUUUAAAAUAGAAAUAAAAAGUAGUUUCGUAUCAAGUAAAAAAUAAUGGCUAAACAAAGCACUUAUGGGUCACCAGGGUUAAAACAUAUAAAUUUAGAAGAAAUUUGGACUGAUUUGGAAAAAGGUAUUCAACAAAUAUAUCAAAAAGAAGUUAUAGCGCGUCCUCGGUAUAUGGAACUCUACACAUAUGUAUACGAUUAUUGCACAAGUGUACAUCAACCUUCUGGGGGUAAUCGUGCAUCAGUAAACCAAAAACUUCCUAAAAAAAGUAAUUCAUCAGCUCCAAUUGGAGGAGCUCAGCUUGUAGGGCAAGAAUUGUAUAAGAGACUGAAGGAAUUUUUGGAAAACUAUCUAAUUUCGCUGUUACGAAAUGGAGUUGAUCUAAUAGAUGAAGAGGUUUUGACUUUCUAUACAAAGCAAUGGGAAGAGUAUCAAUUUUCAAGCAAAGUUUUAAAUGGAGUUUGCGCUUACUUAAACCGUCAUUGGGUUAAAAGAGAAUGUGAGGAAGGACGGAAAGAUAUUUACGAAAUUUAUCAACUGGCUUUAGUUACUUGGCGUGUACAUUUAUUUAAACAUUUAAAUCGUCAGGUUACAAAUGCUGUGCUAAAUUUAAUAGAAAAAGAACGGAAUGGAGAGACAAUUAAUUCACGCUUAGUAUCUGGGGUUAUAAAUUGUUAUGUAGAAUUGGGUCUUAACGAAGAUGAUCCAAACGCAAAAGGUCAAAACUUAUCAGUAUACAAAGAAAGUUUUGAAAUGAUAUUCUUAGAAGAUACCGAACGCUUUUAUACAACAGAGAGUGCAAAUUUCUUAAGAGAAAAUUCAGUUACAGAGUAUAUGAAACGUGUAGAGCAACGUUUAAACGAAGAACAAAAACGUGUGCAAGUCUAUUUACAUGAAAGUACCCUAGAUCGUUUGUCUAAUACAUGUGAACGUGUAUUGAUUCAAAAACACUUGGAAGUAUUUAGAACAGAAUUCCAACAACUGUUAAACUCCGAUAAAAAUGCUGAUUUAGGGAGGAUGUACUCUCUUGUGUCAAGAAUUUCUGAAGGGUUAGGUGAUUUAAAAAUAAUAUUGGAGGAACAUAUUCACGCACAAGGAUCGGCAGCUAUUGAGAAAUUUGGUGAUGCUGAAGCCAGCGAUCCUAAGAUAUAUGUUCAAACAAUUUUAGAAGUUCAUAAGAAGUACAACGCACUGGUUCUCACCGCAUUUAAUAAUGACAAAGGAUUUGUAGCAGCACUUGAUAAAGCCUGUGGAAAAUUCAUAAACACAAAUAGUGUUACAAUUGCAAGUAAAAGUGCUAGUAAAAGCCCAGAACUUUUAGCGAAAUAUUGUGACAUCUUAUUGAAAAAAUCUAGUAAAAAUCCAGAAGAAGCCGAACUUGAAGAUACUCUUAAUCAAGUUAUGGUAGUUUUUAAGUAUAUUGAAGAUAAGGAUGUAUUCCAAAAGUUUUAUAGUAAAAUGCUAGCUAAGCGUUUGGUUCAUCAUACUUCUGCAUCAGAUGAUGCUGAAGCAUCAAUGAUAUCUAAAUUAAAACAAGCUUGUGGUUAUGAAUACACAAUAAAAUUGCAACGUAUGUUCCAAGACAUAGGUGUUUCAAAAGAUCUAAAUGAAAAAUUCCGGGAGCACUUAAAAUCAACAAACUCCCCAAUGGAAAUUGAUUUCAGUAUACAAGUUCUUUCAAGUGGAUCUUGGCCAUUUAACCAAUCGUUUUCAUUUUCCUUACCAUCAGAACUAGAACGAAGUGUUCAGCGUUUUACAACGUUUUAUGGUGCACUACAUUCUGGACGUAAAUUAAAUUGGCUUUACAAUAUGUGUAAAGGAGAGUUAGUAACGAAUUGCUUCAAAAAUCGCUAUACUCUGCAAGCCAGCACUUUUCAAAUGGCUGUUUUGUUACAAUUUAAUGAUCAAGUGGCAUGGACAGUUCAACAAUUGAUCGACAAUACUGGAAUUACUAAUGAAAAUUUAAUACAAGUGCUGCAAAUACUUUUAAAAGCAAAAUUACUAACUUCACCUGAUGAUGAAAACAGUUUAUCGAAUAAUUCAAUGUUAGAAUUAUAUACUGGGUACAAAAAUAAAAAGUUACGUAUCAAUAUUAAUAUUCCUUUGAAAACAGAACUCAAAGUUGAACAAGAACAAACUCAUAAACAUAUUGAAGAAGAUAGAAAGUUACUUAUUCAAGCAGCUAUUGUAAGAAUCAUGAAAAUGCGAAAAAUGCUAAAUCAUACCCAAUUGAUUGCUGAAGUUUUGAAUCAAUUAUCCAGCAGAUUCAAACCAAAAGUGCCUGUCAUCAAGAAAUGCAUUGAUAUACUGAUUGAAAAAGAAUAUCUUGAACGAAUGGAGGGUCAAAAGGAUACAUACAGUUAUUUAGCGUGAAAGCUACAAAUAGAUUAUAAAAUUAUUUUCAUUUGUUUUUCUAUUGGAUUUAAAUUUUCAUUGUCUUAAUUUAAAUCAGAAAUAUUUUGAUUUGAUUAUGCUUGAUUUUACGAAUACAAAAAGGCAAAAUCAGCUCGAAAAUAUCAAAUCUCGAAAUUGCUAAUAAAAAUAGAAACUCAAAAUAAAAA